GUGAAAACAAAGAGAAGGAGAUUUUGAAGUCUAAAGAAGGUCUUCAAAUUGAAGAACGAGUAAACUAUCUAAAAUGUCUUUCUCAAUCAAUAUUUAUCGUGAUUAAUUUAUUUGUUUUCUCCUUGAUUUAAAUUCAUCACUAGAGAUAUUUACAUCACCAACUUCACCAUUGAAAUCAUCAUGGAUCCUAUUACUUUGAUUAGAACUCAAGCUGAUAACUUUGAGAAUUUUGGCAAGAAGAUAAUGGACAUGCUGAGUCCCAAGAUUAAGGAAAAACAUGGAGGCGCCAUUAAUCAGCGUUUAGAAGAGGCUCAGACGGUUUUCAAAACAAUUGAGCAGCUCAUUUCAUCAAGUGAUCAUCCUAAUCAAAAAAAUGUAAGUACCAAAACGACGCUAGUUGGAUCUUCUAAUGGCUCCAUCAAUGAGGGUAGCUUUGAAGAAAGUGAUAACGAGGUUGUCCAACUGUUACUCUCGAUGAAAAAAAAUGUUUUCAAUUGUAAAUGCGGCGAAUAUCUUAACUCAAUUACUGAUUGGGAUGAGCAUCAAAAGACAUGUCCAUGUUCAUCGGAAAAAACUAUCGGAAAGCAAUGUCCACUUUGCAAGAAAACAUUUUUAUCGUGUGUUGCUCUCAGCAUUCACUGCACAAAGAAGCAUAAUAAGAAGAAAAUGCGGACAGAUUCGGUUAUGCACUGUCCAUGUGGUCAAAGUUUCACAGCAAAAUGGAGGCAGAACUGUGUGCAUAAACUGAAUAGCCAUGGGCGUCAAUGUAAAGCUUUCAAGGCAAAAGAGAUUCAAUGUACAAUUUGUAAAAAGGGUUUCAUCGAAAGGAAGAGCCUCGAAUAUCAUGGACUCAAAGCUCAUGGGUUGGCAGUACCAGUCAAUAGUUAAUUAAUUGCAUCAAAUAUCAGGGGCGAGUUAGUUAAUGUGUGAUUGUGUGUGAGCUUGCUAUGCAAGAUAAUUUAUACUCCUCUUUUAACACCAUCUUUACUUCAUCUUUAAUGUAUCUUUUAAAUUAUUCCAUCUCCGGAAAACGGAAAUGCAUUCAUUUUUACUCAAUCAUUAACGGUUUGUUUUCCUUUCCUUUGCUUAAAAGCAAAAGUGACAUUUUCUUGUGAAAUUGUAAACUUUUAUUCAAUUUUGGAAUGAAUCCUGAUAAAUUUCUUGACAAUAUUGUCCAUCCAUUAGUCCACUUUUCUGUUAAAUACAGCUUCCUAAAGGAGGCCUUUGAUUAUCUUUUUAGAGAUAAAAUCAACCAACGAUCUGAACAUUAAAAACAUUAAAGACCAAGAUUAGUGGAA